CCUACCAAAUAACAUUUUCACUUUUCACUGCUGGCAAUGCUCUAAUAAGCUGAAAGCCAAACACCGUAAAACCAUAAUAAUAAUACGACUGCACAAUUGGCUUCGGGUUUAAUAUAGAGAAACAACAUUGCGCUAUUAUGUAUCAAAAUAUGGUUUAUUUAUUUUUUUUAAACCUGGAAAAAAUGAAGCUUCUCUUUGUUUCGCCUUUAUUAUUCUGGUGUUUUCUCGGCCAUGGAGCAUCUGGUGUUGAUAUUGAUGAAGUGUCAGCGAUGGAGGGAGAUUCAGUCACUCUAUACACUGAUGUUAAGACAAACCAACAAGAGAGAAUCAAAUGGUAUUUUAAUGACAUUCUCAUCGCUGAAAUCACUGGAGAUCAGAGUAAGAUCUGUACAGAUGAUCAGUGUGAUGAGAGAUUCAGAGACAGACUGAAGCUGGAUCAUCAGACUGGAUCUCUGACCAUCACAAACAUCACAAACACAGACUCUGGAGAAUAUAAAUUACUGAUACACAGCAGCAAAAUGGACAGUGAAAAUAUCUUUAGUGUUGCUGUCCAUGGUGUUUCUGCUGCUCAACGAGAUAAAAUGAAGAGAAAGUCAAUGAAGGAGGGAGAAUCUGUCACUUUAGAUUCUGAUGCAGUAAAAAACCCAAAUGAUUUAAAGAUGUGGUAUUUUAAUGACACUCGCAUCGCUCAAAUCAGUGGAGAUCCCAAUAAGACCUGCACAGAUGUUGAGUGUAAUGAAGGAACUGAGAGAUUCAGAGACAGACUGAAGCUGGAUCAUCAGACUGGAUCUCUGACCAUCACAAACAUCACAAACACAGACUCUGGACUUUAUGAACUACAGAUCAUCAGCAGCAGAUUCAGCAUCAUAAAGACAUACAACGUUAGUGUCACUGCUGUUUCAGGUUCAUCUGCUGCUGUAGCUGCUGUUGUUGUUUCUGUUCUGCUGGUUGCAGCUGCUGGUGUCAUUUACUGUUACUGCUGGAGCUCUAAUCAAGCAAGACAAAAUGGAAAAAGGAGGCAGCGCAAUGAUCAUGAACUGAUGCCGACGGGAUAACAACCUCCACCCUCCCAACCACCACCAGGAUGGUCCUGUCCUUACCUUCCAGGGGGGUCGGCUGCGCCCCUGCCUUCGUCUUCAGGCAGGAAAUGCAGAUUCGCUACCCUCGGAUUACGAACCAUGGACGGGGCCUUCCGCCAAAGAAAUUUAUAAUCAUGCUUGCUGAGUUGUCAAUAGAAGUAUGCUUCGUACAUCAUUUUAUCUCCCGAGUCUUUCUGGUAGAACAAAUGAUCUCUACUCACCGUAGACAGAAACACUGAAUGUUUUUGAUGUCAGUUUAGCUCCACUCAUCUGUUGUUCAUACAGUCCAGUCUGUUCAGUUCUGGUGUUUGUGAUGGUCAGAGAUCCAGUUUGAUCGUCCAGCUUCAGCCUGUCUCUGAAUCUCUCAGUAUUGUUAAACGUGAAGAAGGUUUGUUUCUCAGUGCUGAUUUUAGCUAUGAGAGACCUUUCCGUUCCAAAUUUCCAGGCUAUGUCACAGUCUUCAGGUAUCUCAGUAACGUCAGUGUUUAAAGUGACAGAAUCUCCCUCCAUCACUGACACUGAAUGAGCACCUGAUGAACAUGAAUGAUAGAUUUCACACCUUGAUUUUUUUUUUAAGUUAUCUGCUGUAGAGCAAAAUCAGUGUGUAAAGUUACAGUUUAAUUGUGCUGAAUAUUUGACUCAUUUUGUGUCUUGACUUUCCAUGACUUUUUUAGACAUUUAUGGUGACUGCAAAAGUAUUUAACAAUUGAUUUUUUUAGAAACACAUUUUGAAGAAAUAAAAUAGAUAACAUAAAUAGAGACUAGGGAUGCACCGAAAUGAAAAUUCU